GUAACGGAUGGCGGAGGCUACGUGAAGAGUGGGGUGGUGUGACUGGGCAACCUGGUACUUCUGUGUCCUAGAGGCACCAGGGGCACUAAAACCGCGGUGACCGCGCAGGUGGCGGCCAGGCAGAGGCCUGUGGGGUAGAGGCGGCAGCCGCAGGAGCUCUGAGCCGGUUUCUAGCCCCGGUACAGGUACAAUGAAAGCCUUCCAUGCUUUCUGUGUUGUCCUUUUGGUGUUCGGGAGUGUCUCUGAAGCCAAGUUUGAUGAUUUUGAGGAUGAGGAAGACAUAGUAGAAUAUGAUGAUAAUGACUUUGCUGAAUUUGAGGAUGUCACAGAAGAUUCUGUUACUGAAUCUCCUCAACGGGUGAUUACCACUGAAGAUGAUGAAGAUGAGACCACUGUGGAGUUAGAAGGGCAGGAUGAAAACCAAGAAGGAGAUUUUGAAGAUGCAGAUACCCAGGAAGGAGAUACCGAGGGUGAGCCAUAUGAUGAUGAAGAAUUUGAAGGUUAUGAAGACAAACCAGAUACUUCUUCUAGCAAAAAUAAAGACCCAAUAACAAUUGUUGAUGUUCCUGCACACCUCCAGAACAGUUGGGAGAGUUAUUAUCUAGAAAUUUUGAUGGUGACUGGUCUGCUUGCCUACAUCAUGAAUUAUAUUAUUGGGAAGAAUAAAAACAGUCGCCUUGCUCAGGCCUGGUUUAAUUCUCAUAGAGAGCUUUUGGAAAGCAACUUUACCUUAGUAGGGGAUGAUGGAACAAACAAAGAAGCCACAAGCACAGGAAAGCUGAACCAGGAGAAUGAGCAUAUCUACAACCUGUGGUGUUCUGGUCGAGUGUGCUGUGAGGGGAUGCUCAUCCAACUCAGAUUCCUCAAGAGACAGGACUUAUUGAAUGUCCUGGCCCGGAUGAUGAGGCCAGCGAGUGAUCAAGUGCAAAUAAAAGUAACCAUGAAUGAUGAAGACAUGGAUACCUAUGUGUUUGCUAUUGGUACUCGGAAAGCCUUGGUGCGACUACAGAAAGAGAUGCAGGAUCUGAGUGAGUUUUGUAGUGACAAACCUAAGUCUGGAGCAAAGUAUGGACUGCCAGACUCCUUGGCCAUCCUGUCAGAGAUGGGAGAAGUCACAGAAGGAAUGAUGGAUACAAAGAUGGUUCACUUUCUUACACACUACGCCGACAAGAUUGAAUCCGUUCAUUUUUCAGACCAGUUCUCGGGUCCAAAAAUUAUGCAAGAGGAAGGUCAGCCUUUAAAGCUACCUGAAACUAAGAGGACACUACUGUUUACAUUUAAUGUGCCUGGCUCAGGUAACACUUACCCAAAGGAUAUGGAGGCUUUGCUACCCCUGAUGAACAUGGUGAUUUAUUCUAUUGACAAAGCCAAAAAGUUCCGACUCAACAGAGAAGGCAAACAAAAAGCAGAUAAGAACCGAGCUCGAGUUGAAGAGAACUUCUUGAAGUUGACACAUGUGCAAAGACAGGAAGCUGCACAGUCUCGGCGUGAAGAGAAGAAAAGAGCAGAGAAGGAGCGAAUCAUGAAUGAGGAAGAUCCUGAGAAACAGCGCAGGCUGGAGGAAGCUGCCUUGAGGCGUGAGCAAAAGAAAUUGGGAAAGAAGCAAAUGAAAAUGAAACAAAUCAAGGUGAAAGCCAUGUAAAGUCAUCCCAGAGAUCUGAGUCCUUGUGCCACCUGUAAGCUCUGAAUUCACAGGAAAUGUAAAAAAUACCAGUCCACUUCUCAUCUUAAAGUACAGACACUCCCAGUAACUGAGAAAUCCUUAUUUCAUCAUCUGUUCUGUUUUUGGUUUGGAAUUUUACAGAGGCUAGAGAUACAUUGGAAGGACUCUGUAUAGUAAUUUUACUCCAGAUAAUCAAAUUAUUUUGAUUAUUUUAUGAAAGGAAUGAUACAUGAACUGUGUGUAGUUUUAAAAUACUUUUAAAGUUAUAACAUGAAUCACCAGUGCUUUUAGUGCUAUAUUAUAUUUGAAGAAAUAAUCAUGAAUUUAUAGAUAUACAAUUAGAUUGUUGCUUUUUGUUUAAACUAGGCAGUUGAAAUGGCUAUAAAGAAUGACCCUAAAACAAGAUUCCACCAAUAACUGUUGGAAUUACACAAUAAACAUUGCUUGGUGUUUUCUUCUGUGUCUACAUUAAACUUAUAAAAAAAUAAAAUUUAGAACACUAUCUGUGGUAUUGAAAUUUCAGGGACUCAAAACAGUGUAGUUCAGUGUAUGUUUUGUAUGUUUGGGGUGCUCAUGACAGUAUUAUAGGAUAUCUGUAGAUACUAGGGUACUGACAUGUACAUGGAAAAUUCUAGGGAUAGGUAGUACAGGAGCACAGUUUUCUCCUUACCUGAUACCAUAAGCUAAUGACAUUGUGAAUGCUGUAUUUUAAUGUAUGUUUUUCUUGAGUAACAAAUGCAUGAAAAGUUAACUGCUUCACCUAGAGCAGAUCCGUGGUCUACAUGAAGUCGUAGAUGUAUUCCUUCUUGGUUGCCGCACCCUAUUGGAUGUUCAUAGAGAAGCUCUGUUCUCUGUGUUGUGGCUGUGUCCCUUUGCUUCUCCUCCUGCAUUUAUUUCUUCCACAGCUGAGGCUGGGUAUAUUCUUUCAGAGAAAUAGCCAUGAAUAUGCAUAAAUAGACUUUUUAAAAGGAGCUUUCCUAAACUAUUGAGAGUUCUUUCUGCCUUUUGAGAAAGGAACUCUUGGGGGAGAGGCCCAUUUAUCUGCACAAGCAUUUAGCUUGUUCAGAUCUCUGCAUUUUAUAAAUGCUUCCUACUAAGAAAGCAUUUUUUUAAGUCACUGCUUUACCAGAUAAUUUUUGCUGGGGAAGGGAAAGGGUUGGGUUUUUUGGUGGGAGAGGGGUGGGUGGGUAUUUUUUUGCUGAUGCUUUAUGUGCAGGUGUGUUCUGAGGCAACAACAAGUUGCUGUGGAGACAGAAUGUGUUGCUGCCUUUGUAACUGCAUGAAAACUUUUCACAUUGUUUUUCUCUAGGUUAAUGCAGAAAUGCGACAAUGGGGAGAUGCAAAUGUAAUUUUUUAAACAAUUUGUGAAAUUAAGUUAUUAAAAUAACAAAUAUAACAAAAUUUAAUGCUAUAUAGCUCUAGAAUUAGCCUUGUUUUACAAACCUUUAAAAUACAUUUUAGAAAUCAAAAUUGGCGUGCUUAGCUCUUUUGAUUAAUAAAAGCUUUCUUAAAGUCCCACACAUUUGGACCAUGGCAGCUAAUUUUGUAAUUUAAUCAUUCAUAUGAAUGGUAUCCUAUGGACAUAUAUUAAACUCAUUGACAAAAAUCUCAAA